GUUCUCAUUGUAUCCAAGAAAAGAACACGGGGUAGAAGUAGAACUCUUGUUCAUCACGUUGAAAGUUUAGCGGCAUGGCGACAUUGGAUUCCGACGUGCCAAUGGUGCCGGCCGGCGAGUCCUCCCUCGGCGCCGGUCCCUCUUCUUCCAAGAAACCCAAGCGCUUCGAGAUCAAGAAGUGGAAUGCCGUUUCUCUCUGGGCUUGGGGUGCGUCUCUCCCAAACCCUAAUGUCCUGUUCCCUCUCUUUUUUACACUCCGAUUCUCUGUCGAUUAUCUUUACUACAUCGUUGUCGAUAAUUGCGCUAUUUGUCGGAACCAUAUCAUGGAUCUAUGCAUUGAGUGCCAGGCUAACCAGGCUAGCGCCACUAGCGAGGAGUGCACCGUAGCUUGGGGGGUAUGUAACCAUGCUUUUCACUUCCAUUGCAUAAGCCGAUGGCUCAAGACCCGUCAAGUAUGCCCACUAGAUAACAGUGAGUGGGAGUUUCAGAAAUACGGUCACUAGAACUUUGAUGCGGCUGAGCUACUUCGUACUUGGACAUUUGGACUGUCUCAUUUCUAUUGAACAUUUACAGCUGCGUGCAUUAUUGUCUUUUGCUUUUCUUCUAGAGUUACAAUCUGGUUGAACUUGGAAUCGGAUCAUGAACAUGUCCGUCUUAGUCAAUGGAUGGUCAUGUAUGCAACCCGGUCAUAAACCGGGUUCAAUUAGUGCAAACCCAGACCUUGUAUCAGUUUGAACCGGUUCUUGAAAAUAGUGGCAAAAUAUUUCAUCACAAUUGCGCUCUUAGAUUCAAACUUGGCACAUAAGAAAAGGAAUGAAAUGUUAAUCACUAAGUCAUAUUAUUUUGGUACA